UAACACAUUUGACUCACGGAAUCCUUCUACAGGCACGUUUUGGAUGCCUCAGUACUGUAUGUUCAUGCUCAGGCACGGGCCCUUUGUUUUAUAUUCUUGAUGUGCUGUGUCUCGCCAGGCGUCCCUUUUAGGCAAUAAGUAAACAUUGUAAUCGCUGCCUCAAAUACGCGUGGAUCGGCAUGCCCCACGAAGACUCCCAGGCAGGUUAUCUUUCUGCAAACUCUUCAAAAGCAGCAGCCAUGAUUCUGAAUGGUCACUAUAAUUACCCGGGACCGAAAAACGCGUAUGUGCGGGCCAUUCCGCAAGAAGUUGACAUCAACGAGAGGUUGAAUAUAGGGGACUUGCCCGCAAUGCCGAGACCGCGAGUCAGCGAGGAGCUGUUUGCCGAUGAGAGCGCAAGAACCCAGUGUGCCUCUCUGGAAAACCUUGUGAUUUCGUUCGAUGGGCCUUUGAACGACCUUCUCGCAGACAGCCAGGCGAAAAUCAGCCAGUAUGCCGUGGAAUUGCCCUCUGCGCGAGCCCGGAGAACAAACCCCAGUGGCGGCCCAUUGUGCUCAGGGGAUGCCGGGGCCAGUGGGCACUUCCCCACACCCACGUUGCUCAGCCAAGAAGUGGAACCAGGCCGCGGGCAACCGCAGCCCGAGCAUCAAGUAGACGGCGACAAAGAGGCCAGCGCCACAUCCGCGGACCCCUUGGCGUGCCACGCGAACAACAUCAUGCGCAUGGCCAUGGACUCCACCAUGCUUGGCUCCUUCUGCAACGACACAAUCUCGUCGAGCUUCUCCAACGUGGUGGACGAGUCGAUUCCGGGGGCCGCGGGCGAGAGGAGCUUUGGCGAAGACGACGUGGCAAGACGCGCGCCGUCGCUCAGGUUUCUGGGGGCCACAAAAGUCGAGAUCAGUGCGCACGACUUGGAGAUGGCUGUCAGCGACCCGCUCCGCCUAGCCUAGGCCAAGACGAGCAUGAGAAUGUCCUUGUCGCGCUGGUCAAUGUGGAAGAACCGCGCGUAGUCGUCGUCGUCGGCGGCCAAUAGGAGCUCGGGGCACCGGCGUGUGAACAGGUGCGCGUCCCACAAGGCAUCGAGUCCGGGGAGGUCCAGCGGGCGGAAGUUGUCGAGGCACCUGAGCAAGACGCGCCCAUCGUCGUUCAACUUCUUGAACGCACGGAUGCGGGAGACGAGCCGGGGGCACACGUGCCC